UCCACCUGGAGGAGGAGAACCAUGACCUCUGACAGGGCUCGCCGACGGCGAGAUCAAUGGCGGCUGUCGGACCUCACGCGGGUUCUUGCGGACGCCGCACGGGAGCAGCAUGGUUCUUGCCCCAUGCAUCUGAAACGAUAUGUAUUUUUUUUCAUUAUUAGAAUAAGCUAAGUCGGUGAUUUCAGUUUGGAUUCAGAAAAAAAUCCCCCCUUGUGUCUCUCGCUACAUAUGUGAGUGGGCGGAUUGGGGAGCGCCGCCGAGCCACCCAAGAUCUGAGCAAUGGGCGUCUCCCCAGAUCUGAGCACUCGAGGAGGAAACAAGAACAUGGAGGUCAAUCAGGAAGUCCGGCGGUCCACCAAGCGCUCGAGGAAGCGCAACCUCGCGGAUCCUGUCCCCGAAGGAUUCGCGCGUACGGAUGUGACCGAAAGGCGGGACUGGCCCAACCUGAUGCCCGAACUCGUGGAGGACAUUGCCGGCCGGCUGCUCUCCUUGGACGUCGCCGAGUUCCUCCGCUUCCGUGCCGCGUGCAAGCGCUGGCGCCAGGGCACGGUCGAUCCGGUCGGCGCGGGGGACGGCCUGGACCGCCGCUUCCGCCCCCGCGACUGGAUCGUGCUCUCGCACUGCGCCGCCGGCACCACGUGCCGUCGCCUCCUGAACCUCGCCACGGCCGCCCGCACCGACGUGGACCUCCCGGCGCUCUCCACGCACCACCACCUGGGCUCCGCGGACGGUCUCCUCGUCCUCUGCGACAGGGCCACGGAGACUGUGCGCCUCCUCAACCCGCUCACGGGGGCCCUCACCGACUUCCCCGCCAUCACGGCGUGGGUGUCCCUCGAACCCCGCCCUGCAUCUACGUUCCCUCUUACGUCGUUGUGCUCCGACAUCGUGGAUCCUUCCGCGAUUGACGGUGCCGGCAUAGACGACUCGACCUCCCCGCCGACCCUGUUCCUCUGCCUGCGAGGGCGGGUGCAGUGGAUCGUGUUCGCCAGGCCCGGCGACCAGCACUGGCUGUCCGUCGGCCCCUACUACUUCAACGGCCAAGUCUUGUACAAGUCGCUGCUGUCGCUGCGGGGCAGCACCUACAUCGCGUCGAACGAGGGUUACAUCUGGGAGGUGGAUCUGCACCAGCCCGUGCCUUGGCUGGACUACGUCGUCGACAAGACGACGGUGGACUACAGCACACUCGUGGCCUCCUACCUGGUGCCGUCCGCGGAUGCCCGCGAUGGGAUGCUCGUGGUGCGGUACAUCUGCAACGUCAACGCCCACCCCGACCUUUUGUUGGGACGGCCCGAGGUGUUCAUGGCACGAGGCGUUCCCAGGUGCGUCGAGGUGCUGGAGGUGGACCUGGCGGCGGGGAGGCUCGUUCCGGUUAAGAGCCUCGGCCGCCGUGCGGUGUUCGUGGGCCAAACGCAGUGUCUCUCGGUCUCCACGGAGACGUUCCCCUCGCUCGCGUCCAAUGCGGUGUACCUAAGUUGUCAUCUACAGGAGGCAUCUGGUUUCAGUAUCUAUUACCUGGACCCCGAGAGCAGUGGACGGAGGACUGAGCCGGUGCAGGAGUUCGUCUUCAGCCACCAUCUCGAGGUAUCACCGUUGCACCGCCCCUGCAGGCUCGAAGACUAUCUAGUCUGCUAUGUUGACCGGAUCCGCAUGCUGUACGACUGACAAACCAUGUGUUCAUCCAUUUCUUUAAGAAUCCUUUCCGCUGAGA